AUUGUCCUUAUGAGCAGCCAUACUUACCGUACAUUGAUGCGUCUAAUAUACUGACCCGUAUAUGAAGUGGAGACCCGUAGCCUUGAACGAAGUGACGGGUUAUAUGAUAUAGUUAUUAACGUUCAUUGAAAAAUGGCAGAGACAUCCAGCAAGAGAACCUGUUUGAUUGCCAUAGAUGGGAGCAAGUACGCAACAGAGGCUGUGACGUGGUACAAGAAUAAUGUCCACAAGCCUGGGGACCAUGUGUUGCUUGUGACGGCGGUCGACCACCGCAAACACAUGCAGUAUGGGUUACACGUUUCACCAAAAGCUGUGACGAUGACUCCUGGAAAUCCAGACUCGAUCACACACGCCUUUGCCGCAGAGGACAAGAAAGCGAAUGAAAUCAUUGACAAGGUGAAGACACUGACACAAGGAUUAGGGAUGGAGACCGAAUUUGUGAAAAUGUCAGGUGAUCCUGGAGAGUGUAUAGUGCAUAAAGCCAAGGAGUCCGGGGCGGAAUUAAUCGUGACCGGCUGCCGAGGACUGGGAACGAUCCGCAGGACUAUCAUGGGAAGUGUGAGUGACUACAUCAUCCAUCAUUCCGAUGUACCAGUGUUCGUCUGCCGUCACUAAAGCGACAUCUACCGGCAAUCCUGCGUGAUAUCGUGGUCUGAAUUGUAGAUCAGAGAUAGCUAGUUGACUAUAGAGGGGCUAUAUAUAAGGACUCGAGAAAUGAGAAACAAAUGUUCUUAUGAAUCAUGUAAUCUUUUACUGAGAAUGCACUGAUGUAAGUCUAGAAAAGUUUACAUUUUACUCCGGUACUGGUUUAACUUGUAUUAAAGUAUUUUACCCAGGAA